AGGAGGCCAGGCUAGUAGGCCCCUGUUGAGGUCGGACUCGUGAGGCGGGAAAGCAGCGAGAGUGAGAGCGCCCCGGUCACGGGGGCCGGGGCUCGGCCUUAGAGCCCAGGGUCAUAACCCUCGAAGGAAGGUGGACGGAAAAAUGUGACUCACCAGGAAAAUGAAACCAAGUGCUAUGAAGAUUAGCAACAAAGGACAAGUUACACCAGGUGGAACGCAAGGAAAAACAGAAAAAAAUAAACCUUCUCUGAAAACUUUGAAAAAAGAUACCACAAAGACAGAGAAAUCUAAAUAUAAGCCACUUACUGGGAAGGUGUUUUAUCUUGAUAUUCCGUCUAAUGUGAUCUCUGAAAAAUUAGAGAAGGAUCUUAAGGAACUAGGAGGGAGAGUGGAGGGAUUUCUUAGCAAAGAUAUCAGCUAUCUGAUUUCUAAUAAAAAGGAAGCAAAAUUUGCUCAGGUUCUUGGACAAAUUUCUCCGGUCCCAAGCCCAGGCUCUGCACAUACGGGCGGAAAUAGUUCACCUCAUCCCAGUAGCAGAAGAGAUCGACAUGAUGGAAAUUCAUUUAAGAUGGUGGAUACAGUACGUUUGAGUAGAGGAAAAUCUUUAGUUGAAAAAGCUAUCAAAGAACAGGAAUUAAUCCCUUCAGGUAGUAUACUAUCCAAUGCCUUGAGUUGGGGAGUGAAAAUACUUCAUGUUGAUGAUAUUAAAAAUUAUCUUGAGCAAAAGAAAAAGGAGCUCUACCUGAUCAAGAAAGCAAGCAUUUCAAUCAAAGAUGUGGGGAAACGAUGUGGUGGUCAGAAAUCAAAAAGUCGGCUGAAAAAUCCAUUUGUGAAAGUGGAAGACAGAAGCUGCCGUUACAGACCAUUUUAUCUGCAAUUAUCCAGCUUUCCUGUUCUCAACUAUUCUGCUCCAAAACCUUAUAGUCCAUUUGAUGUAGAUAAGAAGAAUGCUAGUGGCCAAAAGCAAACUCAGUCUAAACAAAGGCAUCAUAAACAUAUUGCUGUGGGUCAGUGCAGGCUGUGACACUUCUUCUCUUUCCUCCUUUCCACUGCUGAUACCUUGCCUCUAUCCUCCUCCUGGAUGCCCUCCA